GUGCUUACUGCACCCACGGGGCACCUGCAGUCCCACACAGCUCAAUCACCACGAAGCAUUACCACUGGAACAUCUUUUAUUAUGCGGAGUCAGCCUAGGGCAGACAAUUCGCAGGGCAAAAGCAUUUGCGCUGUGAGACGCGGAUAACAGCAGCAAGCUUUCAGUACCGAGAAGCUGAGAGCAAACUGCCCCACACCCACACGAAGCAGACACAGGGCACGGUUUGUGGAGCGGAGCCGCCUUCGCUCGACCUCUUUCACCUCGAGACCGCCGCCCGCCCGACAGACGCCCGCCCGCAGCCGCUGCGCGUGCGCAGAGCUGCCCGCCUCCGCUCAGGGCGCCUUCCCCGUGCCUGACGGCCGCCGCCUGCCCGGCUCCGGGGCGGCACGCAGCGCACCGAGUCUGGUGUUGCCGCGCGCGCGGGCCUCGCUCUGUUCUCACUCCUUCGGCUUCUCCUCCGGGCGCUGCAUGCAGGCGCUCGCUGCGGACACCCGUGGGCCCUCGCGCGUCCGGGCGGCGUCCAGGAGGCGGCGGGGUCCUUCCACGCCGGCGGGGUCCUUCCGCGCCGCGCGUCGCCGCCGGUGGGUCGUGAGAGCUCGCGUGCCCACCAUGUACUACAAGUUCAACGGCUUCACGCAGCGCCUCGUCGGGGCUGCGGCCUCCGCCGCCUACAACCCGCAGAAAGCAGAUGGGCUGCCUGUACACCUGAAACGAGGAGUUCCGGAUAAGCUGCUUUAUCGGACCACUAUGGCUCUCACAAUAGGCGGGACUAUCUACUGUCUAGUAGCACUGUACAUGGCCUCACAACCAAGAAGCCAAAAGUAGACGAACCAUAACUCACAGGACUUAAUUCUUUGAAAGACUUCCUGCGUGUUUCUCCUGCUUCUUAAUUCUGUGAUCAUUUAAUGUUCAUCUUUUCAGAUCAAAUUUCUUUGGGAAAGAUGUUUUUAAAUUGGUUGCCUUAUGUGUUCUAGAAAUUAAUAUAAACAAUGACUUUAAGUCAUCAUCUUACUUACGGUUGCAGCUCAGCAUUUAUUGUCUUGCAGGAAUGUAUGAAGUUGGAGAAGGCUGAAUUUCUCCUUCUUUUCCCCACUCAGCUUCAAUAAUGUUGGAGACAGGACAGAAGUACCACUUUCUGGACUAGGCUCCACAUUCCUUAGAGGGAGCUUGCUGCUAGUUUCCAAAAGAGUAAAAGAAAAUCAUUUAAUUAUUAUGACAUACACAGCUCAUUUUACAUAAGCAGGGGGCAAUGGAACUUCUCUAAAUGUUGGCAUAUCAUUAAAUACUUGUACCUCUGAUGGUAGGGCAAAUAGCUUAUCUCCUUGGAACUUGUAAACUGGAUUUAUUUCAUGUGAACAUCACGGUAUGCAGCAGUAUUGUAGCAUCAGUUAUACCAGUUUUUGGACUUUUCAUUUGUCAGAUGCUCUCAUGCAUAAAAAUAAAUACAUGAGUAAUAAAAUAAACAA